GUUCAGGGAAGGGGUUAAUGCGACGCUACUCUAUUCCUUUUAUACAGUUGUAUAUUCUAUGGCCUAAAAAUAUAAGUAUCACCGUAUAAGAUGGUGAAUAUGUUCCUAUAAUUUAUAAUAUAAUCAUUAUAUCCGUGUAAUGUAGAGUAGUCAUACACUAAAUGGUGCCACGGCCCCUAAUUAUUAGGCUCGUUACGCCACUUUGUGGUAAUAAUUCUGCGCGUUUAAAUCUGGAUUCUUGUUACAACAAUGCAAAUUAAGAGCACAGCUGGUUAGACUGUUCGAGUCAGACAAGUUUUUAAUUUUACAUACGAGUAUUCUUUUCACCUAUUUCUCGUCAACAUUGAUUUUUUCCGCGAUGGUUUGCCUGGAUCACUUGAGUUCCUAACUUUCCUACACUAUCAUUCCACAGAUCAGCAUGGAGUUUACGCCGUUAGUGAUGCCACAGUUCCAGCCACUCUUGGCUGAGGCUGGCCAGAUGAGUUACCAGAAUAUGGUGGCGGUCCUCAAUGAUGACAACAGCUGGUGGCUGGGAUACAUUCAGGAUAUGAACGGCGAGCUGGCCUUCAUCCACUUUGACUCGAAGAAGGUCACUAACCGUUGGGUGCACAUGGGACGGGUCUGGGCGUUGCCAUUCUAUGCAGACACCCGCCCAUUUUUACAUGCGCGCAAAAUGCAGGUCGUCUAUGCGGCACUGCGAGACGAAGACGAUGGACCGUUUCGUUUCCGACAGGUAACAAUGUUCAAUGAAGUGCAAGGAUGUGAGACAUGUCGACUGUACUACAUCAAAACCGUGACUAUUGACACCAGCGACCAGCAAAACAGCGCGCGUUGUGAACUGGUUCAGCACUGCCAAAUUACACCACAUCUGCCGCCCGCCGGUUCUCCGCUGCUGCUGCACUCCAUCAGCGGUCUGCGCUGCACCAAGUACAUGGUGCCCUUCCCCGCAGCCCCGACGAUUUUCCGUGACGCCUCCGAUAAAUUUCGCAUCAUCAAGCACUUUCGUCAUGCAUUUGAAGGGAACAGGUCAUCCGUUCAUAAAUGGGACUGUUGUCGCUUUCAUCUGCGAGCUGAACGGGAUGGAUGCAUGUUUAUCUUCAUGGGUCCCGCAGUGGACGCCGAGAUGGCACAGAACAUGGUGAAGACGUUGACACAAGUGCUGGAGACACACCUAGCCAGUCGGGAACAAUGGCCAGCGAUUAUUCGGCAAAGUCCAUGCAUAACUGAGCCAUGUCGGCACGAAAAAGACAUCCUUUACCCACCCGCGGACAUUCUUGGCACCCCCAUCACGCAUUCGUUGACCUUUGUGCUUGAAAUUGGGCUUACACUAUGUAUUCAAAUGCUUUCUUCAGAUGGGGAACCCGUUUCAUCUUGCACCGUCGCUCGCCUGGGUCAGCUGCCGCCGUCCCUCCUCAGCGAGAUAUUCCCCUAUUUGGACUUGCAUUCACAAAUGCGGGCGAAACGGGUGUGUACAUUGUGGCAGCUGCUGCUGAACAGUCCCCGUCUGACGAAACACAUCAGUAUCUCCUUCGAAACCUGUGCUAAAAUUCAAUCCGAUAACAACAACUGCUUUCGCUUGGCAGCGCUACUGAGCCGCACACUCAGCUCAACAACCGAAAGCCUCACCGUGUUGGGAGCUCUCCGCCCACAAAACAGAUUAGUUUUAAAUAACGUGCUGGAAGCCAUCAAGAUUACGCUACCGCUAAUUGUUUACACAGACCACAUCAUCACAUAUCCCGGACCGAUACCCAAUUUAACACAGACGGAAUUGUGGCAUCCUGCAGGUGGAAUUACGCGAUUCUAUGGAUGCCAAUGCAAGUUAUUCCUGCUCCAUAACUUGCAAAUGGAUCAUCUUUUCGCAUGGCCAAUGUACGCGGUUUUUAAAUUUAAACCAAUGUACAAUAAUGCAGGCAGCGGUCAUCCCUUGCCAGCGCAUGAGCAAGCAUUUAUGGCGGAUCUGACGAAACCACCCCACGAACAGCCCAUCGACCAAGUGCGCAUCACCAUUCCGCGGCUGAUGUUGCGCGGCGGUGGCGACUUGGACCACCGGCUGCUCAUGGCUGGCCACUUCAUGUUCGCCUUGAACGACAAUUUCCCACCAUCCACGGAGGACAUGUUAGCCCGGGUGACGGCUGUAUAUGCUCGCUGGGUGCGCACACUCAUCUAUCCAGAUGAUUGGGAGGCGGUUCGCAAUUAUCUCAUAAUGUUCAGCCCUUUCGAACCCGACGGCCGUCCACAAAGAUGGGCCAAGGUCGAUCUGCGCUUGGUGGAUGUCAGAACAUUAAGCAGGAUGGCCAUCUAUGGAAUUGACGCGGUAUUUCGAGUGUGAUACUACACAACGCUCGCCUUUGACGGACCACGUCAAUGCAUGACAUACUGCACUGCUGGAGAAAUCAAGAUCACUUAUUCGAGUGGGAGUUUGGCUACAGGGCCGACCAUCAGUACUUUUGUACUUACAAAAUUAAUAUAACGCUGAUUAUAGUACUGUCAGUGCAUCUUUUUACAAUUGCUUUUUAAGUUGUUGCAUCUGCUAGUUUGUUGUGAGCGACACUGAGCGUCCGACUUAUGUUCUGCAUUAUCUGUAGUUGUGCUUCCAUAUGAAGUGUGUGUGCCAAUUCAUUACUUUUGAGGAAUUGUAUUUUUAUUUGUUUCUUUACCAACAACAAAUUACUAUUUUGUGGUGUAUGACGUACGACCGGAAGUACGUACGGAUAUCUCGUGAUUAUUGCUGUUAUUGUUGUGACCUUAUCUACGUAGCAACCGGACAUGUGAAGCUUCGGUUACUACGUUAGUGUAUUCAGUUGACUCUUUGCACUAUUACAAAAACGGUAAUACUUCUAAUAAAGUAUUAGACCGUAGA